AUGGCUCAUUUGCUUCUCUUUGUUUUGGUGUUUGCUGCUCAACUGAUUGCUCGAUUCAAUACCCAAAAACUACCAACAUCCCACUUUGGAAGUAUGAUAACUAUCCUGAGCAUUGAUGGUGGUGGUAUAUUAAGGGGAUUAUUCCAGCAACAGUUCUUAGCAAAGGAUCCAAAUGCAGAUUUAGCACAUUAUUUUGACGUGAUAGGAGGGACAAGCACGGGUGGACUCAUAACAGCUAUGUUAGCUGCCCCAAGCCCUGAUGACCCUAGUCGUGCUGCCUUUACUCCUGCACAAAUUGUAGACUUAUACAUUGAAGAUGGCCCUCAUAUAUUCAAUACAUCUAAUCCUGGAGAAGGUCCCAUAUUCGAUGGUCAAUAUUUGCAUAACAUAACACGUGAACUGUUGAAGGACACACGACUUAAUCAAACAUUGACAAAAGUUGUAAUCCCAACUUUCGACCUCAAGAGACAAAAGGCAGUUCUAUUCUCAAGCUACAAGCUUGAGAGUGCUCCCUACUUAAAUGCCUUGUUGUCUGAUAUAUGCAUAUCAACUUCAGCUGCACCCGUGUAUCUGCCACCCUACUAUUUUGUGAAUGAUGGUGUUGAGUUCAAUAUGAUUGAUGGUGGUGCAACAGCUGGGAAUCCGUGUUGUCUAGGGACUGGAACCACGAAUAUUAAAGAGAUCUAUGAUGUUCAAAUGGCUGCCACAUGGAACCUUCUGGACUGGAUUACUAAAGGAAUAGGUCUUCUCGGUGGUGGUUCAACAACCAUGAUUGAAUUGUACCUUGCUUCACUCUUCUUAGGCUUCCAACAUGACAAUACCUACCUUCGAAUUGAG